AUGAAACUUUUGGUAGCGUUUGCAGGUUUCGUAGCGGUCGUUCAAGGCUAUACUAAUCCCGUCACAAUUGUUGGCUACCGCAUGUUCGACAACAAGACUGGCACUUCUUUCGCUGUAAAAGGCAUUGAUUACUACCCUCGCCCAAAUUCCGGCUCUUUGAACUUAAACAACCUUGACUUAUUCACUGAUGCUUAUUAUGACGUCUGGAAAGAUGAUAUUGAGUAUCUAGCAGCAACUGGAAUGUAUGCCCUCAUCGAUCUUGCGGCAAGUUGCACAAACUGUUCGGUUACUGGUGAUCCGUAUCCAAAUUGUUACUCUACUACACUAAGAGAACGUGGUCGAGAAAUUAUUCUUGCAUUUUCAAAAUACGACAAUGUUUUGGCUUUCAGUGCAGGCAAUGAAGUAAACAAUGAGGUUCCGAAUGAUGCUUCCAUCAACGCACCAUGUCAGAAGAAAUUUGUACGUGAUAUGCGCCAAUUUAUUGGCGAAUGUCCCUUUAUUCGCAAGAUACCUGUUGGUCUUGUAGUAUCUGAUCAUGACGUUGUGAAAAACAAUCGUCAAGUCAAUGCAAAGUACUACAAUUGCCGAACUAGUACUGACAAGUAUGAAAAUGCUGAAUGGUAUGGAAUCAAUGCAUAUCAAUAUUGUAAUCACGAUGAAAAGACUCUCGAGGCUGCAAGUGGGUUUCAUCAACUUCAGAUAGAUUUUUUAUCAUUUGGAAUGACAAUUCCAGUCAUGUUAACGGAAUUUGGAUGUCUGAACGAAAAGUUUCCAAAACUUGGUAAUUACGAAGCACAGCGUACGUGGUUACAAGUCGAGUGGCUCUUUUCAUCCGAGUUUCGAAAAGUCUUUUCAGGAGGAUUUGCAUUUGAAUAUUCAACAGAAAUGGUGAAUGUUCAAACUGGUUUUCCAUUCACAAGUUUUGAUAAAGGGAAUUAUGGACUUGGCUACUAUAAACCUGUAAAUUGUGAUCAUAAAGGAGUCAAGUGCGAGUAUGUGCCUUUACCAAACUAUCAGAAUCUUACGACUCAGUAUCAAAAAGUUCGACUUACCAACGAGUCACUCAUGAGCGUUUUUAAAUCGGAUCGAACUACAUUUCCAACUUGUCCCUCUGGCUUUCCAAAGUUAAGUGACAUUCAAUGGCUUUCUGAUUCCAUUGUCAGUAAAUUUAAGUGCCCUAGUGUUGUCCAAGCAUUUACAUGUCCAGGUCAACAAUCGAGUGGAACGUGGGUAGUUGGUUCCGGAUCAACUAGUAAAAGUCCAACUGGAAGCAGUGGAAGUAGCAGUGGCUCAUCACCUGCAUCUACGCCUACUACCAAUGAAGCGAGAAAUCAACUCUCGCUCUUCAUUUCUACUGUCUGUAUCGCCUUGCUUUCGGUAAUCAUGCUGCUUUAA